GCAGUCAUGCAUGCGCAGUAAGAAACGGCCGGAAGUUGCCGUUUGAAUUUUAGUUUUUACGUUUCUUUUUGAGAUUUAAUAUAGUUGGUGAAUCUUUUAUAAUUAUUUUAAUUUCAAAAUGGAGAACGGAUCAUAUAGAUUACGCAUGUACAAAUCUCGUAACGAAAGAAAAUUGGAAACACGCGCUACGACUCAAAAGUCUGAGGGACGAAAAGAAAAGCGGACUGAAAAGUUCAAUCGGUAUAGAAACAUUACUGGUUUGUUGGACGAAUGCGAAGAAGAUGAAAAAACCGUUGCCAAACCGGCUUCCAAUACAAGACAGCAGUCCAGAUUGGAAAAGUUAAAAGAAUGGAGAGAAAAGAGAGAAAAAGCAAAGGCUGAGGAAAAAAAGCAAAAGGAAAAGAAAAGUAUCUUCAAAGUUACCAAGGCUCAGCUUCCAGAAUUGAAAGUCAAGAAAAUCAAAGAACCGUCGGGACCUGUGACACGCCAAACAAAAAUUGCCGCUCCGGUUAAUCAAAAGCCCAAUAAAAAAGUUGCAAGGUCUACUUCGAUGAAAGUGCAAGGAACUGCUAAAACACAAAGACUACCAGUGAAGGCUAGAGAAGAACCCGUUAAGAGGCUUACAAGAUCAACUGCUAAUAGCCUUAGACAAAGGGAACUGAUGAUAAGUGAAAUCCCCUCUAAAACUGCUAAGUUGACAAAGAAAAUAGUAGAACCCAAAAAGAAAACACCGGUUAGAAAGUUUAUUAUUCAGAGGGGAGAACAACAUUCCGGACAGCAUUCUUUUGAAUGCAAAAGUUUUACAGAUGAAAACAACAUAUCUAUGGAAUCAAUGGAAACCGAUCAAGUACAAGUACCAAAAGCGUUAUCUAAAAAGAAAAAGAAAGAAAGCGUUAAAACUCCAAAUAUUCGUAUGGAACGCAAGACGAGGUCAACAGGUAGUAAAAUAAAACCAGCCAAGAAGAAGAGAAGCUAUAGUUUGACGGAUAGUCGCAGACUAAAAAACAUUAGAAAUGCCGAAGAAGCAGUUAAAAUCUUAUCUGAAAGCCCAAUGAUUGAAAUUGUUAGAAGAGGAGCGGCUAAAUCCUGCAAUAAGUCAUUGCCAACCAUUUUGAUUUCCAACAAUACUAAAGACGAAGAAGAUGAUGAUGAAGAGGAAGAGGAAUCCCCGCCUAGAUUUAGUUUAGAUGAAAAAUCACAGGAUUUUACCGAUGAUAAAGAAAAUAAAAACGAGAAAGAUGUAAAAUAUUUCCGAAAAACCUUAGUCGAAGAAACCGAAAGAUUAACAGAGUUUUGCGCUAUGUGGAAAAAGUACUUGAACGAGAAUACCGUAAAUGAAGAAGUUGCCGGUGAUAUACGAACAACUGUUGGUCAAGCGGAAUUGUUGAUGAAUCAACGAUUCAAGCAAUUUAAUGGUUUAAUUGAUGCAUGCGAAUUUAAAACCGGUGAAAAAGAAACUACUUGUCAGGAUUUAGAAGGAUUCUGGGAAAUGGUUUACUUUCAAGUUGAAGAUGUUGAUAAAAAAUUCAAAAGUUUAGAAGAGAAGAGAGAAAACGGUUGGAAGAGCAAAGAGACACGAAGACGUAAAAUUGUCCAAAAGAAAGCAUCAGAAAAUGAAAAAGUUUCAAAGAAAACCGUCGACAUCACCAAAAUCACUUCUAAAUUCGCUGAAUUUAAAAAAAAGAAACUAAAGGAAAAGCAAGAAAACCAGAAAAUAGCAAUUGGAGAGGAAUUCCUUAGACCAUCAUCCAACGCACUUAUAAAUUUCGAUUCUAUGCCUUCUCCAUCAACGCAUUUUUCUAAACUUGCUAUAUCCAACAAAACAACUGACGCGAAUGAAUCCUAUAUGUUUACUCCAAUGAUGAAUGACAAAACGAAAUCUGCUAUUGCAGGAGAUUUAAUGUCAUUUUCACCUUCAAGUGAAAAAUCGGUUAGGAGAUCGACCAGGAUAAGCAAGAUUACUAAAUGA